UCGGUUGGCCGGGCCUCUGCGCGCGGUGAGCGGGUGUCGCCUUCUCUGGACUCGAGGCCCCCUCGGAAGACGCCUCCUCUUCCCCUCCCCUCGGUUUUCACCUUCCGGGAAACUAGAGCCGCCGUCUCGUUGCAACAGGCCGGAGGUGCGGGUGCCUGCCUGACCCUCAGUGUUUACCGUUUCCAGGUGUCCCAAGAUGGCAGAACGACCAGAGGACUUGAACUUGCCCAACGCUGUCAUCACUCGGAUUAUUAAAGAAGCACUUCCUGAUGGAGUAAAUAUUUCCAAAGAAGCUCGAAGUGCAAUAUCUCGAGCUGCAAGUGUGUUUGUGCUGUAUGCAACAUCAUGUGCAAAUAACUUUGCAAUGAAAGGAAAGAGAAAAACACUUAAUGCUGGAGACGUUCUCUCAGCCAUGGAGGAAAUGGAGUUCCAGCGAUUUGUAGCCCCUUUAAAAGAAUCACUGGAAGUUUACAGGCGAGAGCAAAAAGGAAAGAAAGAGGCAAGAAAGGAUAAAGACAAGAAGGCAGACUCUGAGGAACAAGACAAAAGCCGAGAGGAGGAGAACGAUGAUGAUGAUGAACGAAUGGAGGAAGAGGAACAGAAUGAAGAGGAGGAGGUGGAUAACUGAGCCUCCUGGAGAGAUGUGCACUGGGGCUGGACUCUUGGCAUAGGGACAUAAAUGUUGUAAAUCAACUUUGUGCCCCUCUGUUUUUUGGUAAAGCUCCACGCUGUUCCUGGGGCUUGUUCACUCCUUGCUUUAACUUUCAUGCAAGAGGGGAACUGAUGAGACUUCUACAGCUUUUGCAGUGAAAGAGAACCUCUUGCUGGUGGCACAGGGAUCUUGGCAUUGUCUCCUUACUUCUGAACAGCCACUGAUGUAAUUGACUGUGGGCUUUAUGCUGGAUUUAUUCCAAAAUGCAGCAUUCAAGAUUCCCACUGAGGAAGCUGGGCAGAAGAACCUACAUGAAAAUGCUGAAUAAGCCUGUUUUACUAACUGGGUCCAAGUCUGAAUUUGAUAGGCCUUAAGCUGGCUUUAAGUUUUACAUAAUGUUGAUGCCUUAAUGGUUUAAAGGCUGAACACAAAACGUUUUUGUAUAUGGGGAGAAGAGGUUCCUAGCUGCAUCCCUUUGUUUUCUUUAAUUCUGGCUGUGCCUUCUCUUUCCAAAUGUGACAGUGAUGCCCUUAUUUGGUUGCAACCUUGACAGCAAUUUGCAGUAAGACCAUUCAGCAACCAGUUCUUUACAGAACUGACUCUUCUUGCCUAGGAUCAAUCGCAUUCAAAGAGUUUUACUGUGCUUCUGCAAUGUAAUUUAAUACCCAAAGUAUUUGUUUUUGGUUUGGGGGUUUGUUUCAAAUGCUGUGAGGCCAACAGGGUUUUUAUAUUAAAAAAAAAGCAAAAAAAAAAAAAAGCUGAAACAAUUAACAACUAAGAAAUCUUGACUGUGUCGCAAGUGUGAGGCUGGGAAGGAUUAAGGUCAAGUUCUGUACAUUUUCUUUGGGCUAGCAUUUGUUUCCUAAUCAAUCAGAUGGUGGCAUCACUCGCCCUUUAUAUGCUGAGUUGCAGAAAGGAUGUGACAGCAGGGUAUCCUUUAUCUGUUCAGACUUCUCAUGUUCUUAGGAUAGAAUUUUCUAAUGGAUAUAGUUUACCUUUAGGCAGUGCAAACUCCCCUGGUAUCCUUUUUUACACAAGUUUUCCAAAACUGAUUUUAAAAAAUCAUUCUACCUCCUGUCCUGGUAAGCCCUAGAAAUAUAGUAGAGAAAGGUAUUUGCCUUCCCUAGGGGGCAAAAGGUGCAACUUUCAAAAUACAGGAGACCCUCACCAUUCACAGGGGAUACCAUUUACGGGGAUCACGAGAAUGUGAAAUCUGCGAACAAGGCACUGCGUUCAUGAAUGGGGGUAGGGCACAGCUGCUCUGGCGGUGGUGGCAGGAGCAUGGAGGUCCCAAGGAACUCCUAUAAGUAUAUUUAAGAUGCGGGUUCGGCAUUCAUGAAUAUUUGAAGUCGCGAAUGCCAAACCCCGUGAACAGUGAGGGUUUCCUGUACUAGCUCAGGUAAGAUGGUUUAGCUGAUGCAAUGGUUAAAGAAAACUGCCACAUUCAGUAUUUUUUUUCUCUUCUGUAGUAACUUGCUCUUUGAGCACUUGAGCUUCUGUCCUGAAUACCUCCCCCGUCCAUAUUCAUGGGGAUAGUACCUCCCCAUAGAAAUUCAUUCUUAAAUACAUCCCUUCUGUGCAGUCUGUACAUGAAGAACAAAAUCAAAUAAUUGUAAACCAACUCUUUGACCUAAAUUUAAAAUCUUUCAAAAUUUCCCAAACUUUCUUUUAUCCAAGUUUUAAAGUAUUGAAAAUUCCCCAGUUCUGCUUAUUCAGGCUAAACUGAGAGCAUUUGUGAGAAAUGGCACCUUAUUGUUUGAUACUGCAUCUGAAGCAGGAAUUCAGCUGCUGCUGCACUGUUACAACAUAACAUCUUAUAGUGCUCCAGACAUUGAAACCGGUGGAAAACUAGCAGAGCUCUUGUGUGUACAGCUUCUGCAGGAUUGCAAACAAUGAUAGCUGAAAUUAUUUGAAAGGAAUGACUUGUCUUCCUAAGGGGUCCAGUUAAAACAGAGCUGUAUGGAAGAUCUGAUACCUCUUGCAGUAUGAACCUGAGGUGCAUCUCUUCCUGGAGGGGAACAAUAUUUUAUUUAAAUAAGCCAGGUUCUGUACAGAUACGGGGGGAGGGGGGGGCCGUUGUUGUUUUUUAAAGCUUUGGUUCCUCCAACCAGUAAAAAGACUAACUAUUUUGUGUUUUAUAACUCUGCUUCCCCUUGCAUAGCCAAAGGUGACACCGAGCCUAGUGUAUAAUUGUUAAAGGAUUAGAUAUACGAGUUACAGUGCUUGAUGUUUCUUCACUGGGGAUUUGAUCAGCCUUCUGGUGUGAUUGAAUUGCAGCAGGAAUGUAGGAGAGGAGGAAGGGAAGCAGUGAGCCUGUGAAUUAACUUUGUCAUUAUUUUUCAAAGCAUGUGGCAAUGCGAGUCUAGCAGUCGAGUCCAUGUUGUGAAGACUGAGCAGCAUCUUACAUCCCAUAGGUGGAAGAGUUGCUGCUGCUGUCAUCUGGGGAAUCAGCAGUCAAGCAGUAAAGGGUUGGGAAUCUGUUUAAUGAAAAUGAGCACAAAUUUCCCUCAGCUGAGAAGCAAGUAUACACCCCACUGUGGCAUGGCUUCUGAUUGACAUCCUUCAUCUCAAAGCCUGAGCCUGACUAGAGCUAAACAGAAUUUAGACUCUAGUUAACCCUUCUACUUUUGAGGUGGGAGAUGAGGCAGUGAAAUGAAGGCUAUUUUGUGUAUCGGAUGGUGUGCUGGUUUCUCUACCAGCCUCUUAUUCACACUCCUUCCUCAGCCUCCCACCAUUUUUUUUAUGUUGUUUCCUUCCUUGGGGUGCUACCUACCUGAGCCCAGGCUUAUACAGGUCAACACUAGAAAUGGUGGCAACUUACACCUAUAUAGCAUAAAUUCUAAGUAAAUCAGUAAUCUGAGUGACAAGCUAGCCCUGGCAGUGUUUCUGGAGAUACAGCUACCCUCCUGAGACAUGCUGUCAUCAAAAUGCCACAAUCCCCUUAUUGACAGGAGAGGAGUUUCUGCAGUUGCAGUGGGCUCUUUGUUACUUUUAGUGCAGGUAAUGGUUCAUUUAAACACGAGCACAGAGCAAAUGGAGAGGAGAUGGAAAUUAAUCAAGCAUUAGAAUUUUUGACCAAAUUCACCCUGGGUAUGACUUUGCUGAGUUAAUCGAGGUAUGGUGGAGGCUCCCAUUAAGGAACAAAGCUCUGAAACUGCUGUAAAGCUAUGAAGAUUUAACGAUAAUGUCCUGAUUCGGUUUGACUCUGCAGAGGGUGUUAUGCAGGUAUCUGCAGCUGGGAUGUGACUAUCACCUGUUCCUAGAGGGUGAAUUGAGAAAUGGGAAACAUGACUUGCCUGUUCCCUAAGCAUGCCACUGCCUGUGCCAUAAGCUAGUGUGAUGUGGAGUCGGCUGGGUGAAACGCCAUUUCCUUUGGAUUGCCUUCAUGCUGAGAUGAAUCAGAAGCUGUGUAGGAGUCUCACAUGAUAACCAAACUACCUGUCUAUGGUGUUUGAAAUACACAUCUGUCCCUUCUGUGGUUUGGUACAAAACCUAUCCUCUGUGAUUUAAGAGGGUUGCCAUACAGUUGUAUGUGCUGCAGUUUGUAAUUAAAAGCCAAUUAUUAUUGUGCACCCCA